CGGCCAUGACCACAGCUGAUAGUGUGGGACGCAGCCCCCUCUCUCAGGCACGAAGCAGCAGCGGCAGCUGUCAUGUGAAUCAGCUGGGGGAACAAGGAAGAACAUAAACAACAACACGAUCCCAUCUUGCCAAAUUAUAAAGGUUACAGCUGCUGAGGUGGCAGGAUGGCGGGGGCAGAGGUGUACACCCCUGCAAACCCCACCUGCAAGAUUAUGACAUUCAAGCCCACAAUGGAAGAGUUUAAAAACUUCAACCAGUACCUGGUUUACAUGGAGUCUCAGGGUGCACACCGCGCUGGCUUGGCCAAGGUCAUCCCUCCGAAAGGCUGGAAGCCUCGUCGAACCUACGACGAUAUAGAUGAUUUGAUGAUCGACGCUCCUAUUCAGCAAAUGGUGGCCGGCCAAUCAGGGCUCUUCACUCAGUACAACAUCCAGAAGAAGCCUCUUAGUGUGCAGGAAUUCAGACGAUUAGCCAACAGUGACAUGUAUUGUACACCUCGUUAUCUGAAUUAUGAGGAUCUGGAGAGGAAAUAUUGGAAGAAUCUGACUUUUGUCUCACCCAUUUACGGUGCAGAUGUCAGUGGCAGCCUGUACGAUGAGGAUGUUGAAGAAUGGAACAUCGGCCACCUGAACUCCAUCCUGGAUGUUAUCGAGGAGGACUGUGGUGUUUCCAUUCAGGGGGUCAACACUCCUUACCUCUACUUUGGUAUGUGGAAGACCACCUUCUCCUGGCACACAGAGGACAUGGACCUGUACAGCAUCAACUACCUUCAUUUUGGAGAGCCCAAGUCCUGGUACGCCAUCCCCCCUGAGCACGGGAAGAGACUGGAGCGAUUGGCUACAGGUUUUUUUCCCAACAGCUUCAAGAGCUGUGAGGCUUUUCUUCGUCACAAGAUGACUCUAAUUUCUCCUUCCAUACUGAAGAAGUAUGGUAUUCCCUUUGAUAAGAUUACUCAAGAAGCUGGUGAGUUCAUGAUCACCUUCCCGUAUGGUUACCAUGCUGGAUUCAAUCAUGGGUUUAACUGUGCAGAGUCCACCAACUUCGCCACAGUUCGUUGGAUAGACUACGGCAAAGUGGCCACACAGUGCACCUGUAGCAAGGACAUGGUGAAGAUAUCGAUGGAGCCUUUUGUGAAGCGUUUUCAGCCUGACCGCUACGCCAGCUGGAUGCUGGGCAAAGAUUCAACGCUUAUUGACCACACCGUGCCCACUCCCAGUACGACACCAGAGCUGCAGAGUUGGCUGCACAGGCGCCGUAAAACCAAAUCCACUAAUAAAGGUGGCCAUUCUCGAAUGCGCUCCAAGCGCCUCAGGACCACAGAGGAGCCAGUUGACCUAGAUGACAACUUGACAUUGAACAGCAGUAAGAGGAAAAGCAUGGGCACUCAUUCAGAGUCCAAGGUGCGGAGGUCUGUCGUGGGAAAAACUUGUAAAGAUUUAGAGAAAGGAAAGAAAAAGGAAGCCGAGUCCAAGCACAACCAGAAUUCAAACUUUUCUCAGUUUUCAGGUCCUUGCAGACAGAUGUGUGUGGUGAAGGUAAAUCGUGUCGAGAGCAAAAGUUUGGGGGGUUCUAAUAAGGAUACUUCCUGUAACUCCAGCUGCCCCGCUUCUCCAGGGAAGAACGAGCUAAAGGCAGCUGUCACUGACUCUCAGGACCCAUCAAGGUCCGAAGUCUCAGAGAGGACACCUGAAGGACUUGGGUCAAGUCCUGAGGCUACUCAGAGACACCCGGGAAUUAAUGAGUCGAGGUGUUGCUCUUCGGUGCCACAAGUCCUCAACUCAUCCUCCCACACAGACACUUCUCCUGAGUCAGAAAUGGACCUGUGUCCCCUUGAAUCUGGGGCUCACGUAUCAAGUCCCUCAUCUCACAGCCUAACACUGGACACUGACAGCAGGAAACACACAAGUACCACAAAUUACACUAACGAUACUGUUAAAACAGAGGAAAUGGACACAGUUGAUCCCAAACAUAUUAAUUCACACUCCACCGCUGAAGCACUUUACGAUCUCAAGAGUGAACCAGCAGGGGUGGAUAGCAACACAUCAUCCUUCUUUUCCUCACUGCAGAGUGGCAGUGCUGUAACUGAUAGGAACGAAGAAAGCCUCUUACCUCCUCUUUUACAAAGGAAUACAGGGGAUAUGCCACAACUCACAUUAGAGCUGACUGACAGGAUUGGGAUUUGUCCCUUGCCACCUAUUUUAACCCAAGAGAUGCCCUCACUCACACCUGCUUCUGAUGAGCUCACUAAUCUUCCAAAGUCUGCAUCAGGCAAUCACCAGAUUGCACCUGUGCUUCAGAGAGAGACGCCAACUGGAUCUCCAUCCUCACAUGAAGCCAAAGAAGAAGAGGUGGAUGUAGAGUUGUCAACAAGGCCUGGUGCAGUAUUACAUGCCAACCACUGGCAUUUGGUUCUUCCUGAUAAUUGUGAAGAGGCGGCAGCAUCUGGUUCAAGAGGAAACGCAGCUCAUUCACCCGUCAGCGGUUUGCACAAAAUAAUGUCUGGUGAUGUCCACGAAACACUAACACCAUCUGCAGUUGCUACAGUUGAUCAGACAAAGCUGGAGAACUUCACCUGUGGGCCAAAUGACACCACCCCCAGCCAGCUAGAUCAUAGAACUGCACCUCAAAGCGAGCCACAGCCCAACUUGGAUGUAAAUAAAGAUAACUCCAAAGACACAACUCCAAGAGUGUUAUCGGGUCACACAAACAAAACUCCCCCAACCCCUGACCCUACGUUAUGUUUCCAAAACAACAGUCACACUGCACUACAACUCAACCAUCACACUACACACUCUUCUUGCAACUAUGCUUUCCAGAAUCCAUACACAGAGCCCAAACCCUUCUCCAGUAGCAUCUGGAGGAACUUCAGUUCCCAGGGUCCUGCUGUUGUCACCCAGAGUCUGCACACAGACCUUCCUUCUGAUUUCUCCCACGAUCCUCUGCCCUACGCCAUGUGGACGGAACCUCAGUGCAAACAGGUCACAGACCUGGAAGAUCCAGCAAAAGACCUUCAUAGAUUAGAGAACCAGGAAGAGGCAGGUGGAGCUCCCACCUGGGCCCAGCUGGAGCCCACCUCUCUCCUUACAGUUGGUGCUAUUGAGCCUUUGGGACUUUGUGACGAUUAUGACUUGCAAAGAGAUGAAGUAGACGAGGCUGUAUCCCUGUCACUUAGCAGGGAACUUGGUAAACAAAGAGAAGAAGUGUCGCCUAUUGGGGCAGGAGGGAGUGAACACAAUGGGGAGUCUGAUAUGGAAGAUGAGGAUUCUGAGGGUGAAUGUAUGGAACAACAAAGACAUGCAAAGGGAGAGAGCAGUAGUGACUCAUCUGAAGAGGAAGACGAGGACGAAAGUGACACAAAUAAAUACGAGUGUGAAGAGUCUAGUCUUGAACCCGGGGAGGUUUGUGCUUAUCCUAUUCUGUCCGCCAAGAGGACCACUAAGAGCUGGCGUCACCCACUCAGGAAACCCACCGCAAGAGCUGUGCCCACAGCCGUCAAACAACAGGCCGCCAGUGACGAGGAGCCUCCUGAAGCAAGCCUUGGGGAAGAGGAGUGGGAGGAACAGGAAAUGGAAGCGUGGGCAAAGCCCCUCGUCCACCUGUGGCAGAGCAGAAAGGGCUGCUUCACAGCAGAGCGGGAGUACAAUGCCCACGCAGCCACCAUGCAGCCAUGCUGUGCCGUGUGCACACUCUUCAUGCCAUAUUAUCAGGCUGAUGACAGGGCUGAGGAUGGUAAAUGUCUCACAGCGAUGGACCCCUCCAAGUCUUGUUCUGCAAUGGAUGCCCUGAUGCUUCGAUGUGGAGGCCUGAGGAGGACCAAGCCCCUGAUCCCAGAGAUCUGCUUUUCUUUCAGAGAGCAGAACUGCCCCCCAACUCCAACUAACCCCUUGCUGCAGGAAGAUGGCACCUCCCCUCUCCUCUACUGCCAGGGCUGCUGUCUGCAAGUCCACGCGAGUUGCUACGGUGUUGCUGCCGAUGACAUCAGCGAACAAUGGUCGUGUGAUCGCUGUUCAGAGAGAAGCUUUACAGCAGAAUGCUGUCUCUGUAACCUCAGAGGUGGAGCUCUGAAGAAAACUCAAAACAACAAAUGGGCCCACGUGAUGUGUGCUGUGGCGCUGCCGGAGGCGAGGUUCAGCGAUGAAGCCAAGAGGAGUCCCAUUGACACAAGCAGGAUACCCAUGCAGAGAUACAAACUGAAAUGCAUCUAUUGCCGUGGUCGCUGUGCAGGGAAGCGGCAGGCUGGCGCUUGUAUCCAGUGCUCAUGUGGCCGGUGUCCCACCUCCUUUCACGUGACCUGCGCCCACGCUGCCGGUGUCGUCGUGGAGCCGGAUGAUUGGCCGUACGUGGUGUCCGUCACCUGCCAUAGACACCAGUCCCGGAGUUCAUCAGCUAAUCAUCGAGCAUGCCAGGCUUCCAUCUCCCUGGGCCAGACGGUGAUCUGCAAACACAAGAACCUGCGUUACUACAGCUCCAAAGUCACACAGAUCACCUCCCAGACGUUCUACGAGGUCAUGUUUGACGACGGCUCUUUCUCUAAUGAUACCUACCCUGAGGAUAUCGUGAGCAGAGACUGUGUGAACCUGGGUCCUCCAGAAGUUGGGGAAGCUGUUCAAGUGAAAUGGCCCGACGGCCUCUUCUACAGCGCAAAAUACCUGGGAUCCAACGUUUCUUACAUGUAUCAGGUGGAGUUUGAAGAUGGAUCUCAGGUUCUAGCUAAGAGGGAAGACGUCUACACCCUAGAUGAAGGUCUCCCUAAAAAGGUGAAACGUAGACUUUCGACGGCCUCCAGCAUGCGUUUCGAGGACGCCUUCUUCACCACGCAGGGGGAGAGGAAGAGACAGAGGACUCCAAACUCCCGCUUUCAGAAUGACUAUGUGGCCCUGCCGGGCCUCCGUACAGCUGUCAAAAGCACAUGGGAGCAGCGCGGCCACAAGGAGAAAUGAAGGGAUGGAGAAAGAUCAAAGACUAACGAAUGCUCUGAAAUAACGGUGGAUGCCGAGAAGCUUUUUUUUUGUGCUUGAGCGUUAAUUUUUUGGGAUCUGCUUCCCUUUCGGCAUCUGUGGGUCAAACUGCUCUCUUGCGAAAAGUGAGGAAUGUCAGGUUUUUGGUUUGUGUGAGCCAUGGUACCACCAGUCAUGAGUGAGUGAACGGUGUGACAGGCUGGACUCGUUUAAAGCGGGUGAAAAAGAGGGCGUUGCUGCCUCGUCCGUCAGGGAAAAUGAACAAGACUUAGAGUAGUCACGUAACCCUUUUGAAAACGACUAAUUAUGUCCUUGUACAUGGAAAAAAAAUCAAUGUGAAUUUUUUCUAAAUAGUUCAUUAAUGAGCUUUUUUGUUUUCUUUUUGUUUUUGCAGGGAGGGUGUUUCUCCUCUAGGUUCCGAUUUUGAUUUAGAAAGUUUAUUUUAUGCUUGUAAUAUUUUCCUGUUUUCUGUUUUCCUGCAUGUUAAGCUCCAUUUCCUAACUGCUUCCGCUGGGCUCGGUCCAAAUACACCACGAAGGCUUCCUAUCUGCAUAAGGUUUCAUCCAUAACGACACAAUUUUUAUAACGUCUGUCAUUUGACAUCAGGAACUAUUGAAGAAUCAAACGUAAUCAGGUUAAUGACUCAGACAGGAAGACACACCUGACAUGGAGGAUCUCUGGGCCCUGUUAUCUUGAACUGCUACUGUUGCUCCGUUGAAUGAAAUCCAGUGUUGAAAAUUAUUUAAAAUAUGUAUUUAUUUUUGCCUUGCUAUAGUUAAAAACUAUUGCUAACUGCUGUAAGAAAAAAAAAACUAAAAAAUUACAAGUUUAUUUUUUAUUUUUUAUUUGAAUUGUUUGUCAAGUCAAAUUCAAUCUGUAAGAAAUAAAUUGGUAAUUUUAGAAAUUAUAAAA